CCGUCCUCCCGCUGGACCGCCGCGCUUCUCCGCUGCUUUUUCCGUCUUUUCUCCGUCCAGGAUUAAUAAAAAGUGAUGCUUCAGCGCCGAGAGCCGCAGGAGGACCGGCGGGGAUAACUUUGCAGCCUCCUCCGCGUCGCUGAAGGAGUAUUUCUGGGCUUUUUGUGUGUUUGGCAGGUUUUUCCUCCGGGCAGGGAUGUCGGAGCGCUGGUAGGAACUUUUCCCUCAAUGCGGGAGGAGAAGCGUCCCGAGCGGCUGACACGGAAUAAUGGCCCCCUCCUCUCCCUGACCUCCAUGUGAGACCCCCAAAGCCCCUGCUCGGACCUGCGAGGAGCGUUUUCCCGUCCUGCGUGGUAUUUCCGACUUAAAUGGAGCGACAGUCCAGUUUCAUGUCCAUCUGGUUACAACUGGAGCUGUGCGCCAUGGCCGUCCUGCUCACGAGAGGUGAGAUCCGGUGCUACUGCGACGCGCCGCACUGCGUGGCCACCGGCUACAUGUGCAAGUCCGAGGUGAGCGCCUGCUUCUCCCGGGUCCUGGACCCGCUCAGCACCAACUCGCCGCUCACGCACGGCUGUCUGGACGCCGCCGCCGCCGACUCCUGCGGCGGCCCGCGCCCCGCCGCCGUGGAGUGCUGCCACGACGACAUGUGUAACUACCGGGGUCUGCAGGACCUGGCCCACAGCAGGGACCCCUCAGACGGCCGCUACCCGCCGGACGGCGCCAACCGGAACCUGGUGACGCGGGUCCAGGAGCUGGCCUCGGCCAAGGAGGUGUGGUUCCGGGCGGCGGUGAUCGCCGUGCCCAUCGCCGGCGGCCUGAUCCUGGUGCUGCUCAUCAUGCUGGCGCUGCGGAUGCUGCGCAGCGAGAACCGGCGGCUGCGCGACCAGCGGCAGCAGAUGCUGUCCCGGCUGCACUACAGCUUCCACGGCCACCAGGCCAAGAAGGGCCACGUGGCCCAGCUGGACCUGGAGUGCAUGGUGCCCGUCACGGGCACCGAGAACUGCUGCCUGACCUGCGACAAGCUGCGGCGGGCGGAGCCGGGCGGCGAGCGCCUGCUGUCGCUGGUGCACUGGGGCGCGUACAGCGGCCGCGGCAAGCUGGAGUUCGUAUGAGUCCGGCGCCGCGCCGCGCCGCCGGCUGCUGCUGCUGCUGGAGCACUUUACUUGAAUCAACGAGGAGCUGCUGAGACCCGGACCGGACCGGACCUGGACCUGGACCUGGACCGGCUCCUCUUCUUACACUGAGCGCUGAAGGUAUUCCAAAUCUUGUCUUAUUUGCACAUUUGUAUAAAAAGCAGGCGGAACUGUUGCUGCUCCGGGACUCCUGGACUGACGGCGGCGUUCGGACUGAGCCCCGCCUGGCCGUGCACGCCCCCCGUGCACGUCUCAUGAUUCAGCCUAUUGUAAAGAGUCUAAAUAUAUCUGAUCUAUAUUUUGUGUGAAAGCGUCCGACGUGUGUGUGUGUGUGUGGGAUGUGUGUGUGUGUGUGUGUGUGUGUUGUGUGUGUUGUGUGUGUGUGGAGAUCAGACCAUGAGCUCCACUGUGAGUGUGACAGAAACCAAGCUUCCAUUAAAGA